AUGUUAGCCUCGAGUCUGCUGGCUAAUUACUGUACCGAACUCCAUGAUGACCAAGCGCAAAAAGUGGACAAAUACCUGCACCGUCUUCAGCUUUCAGAUGAGACGUUGAUGGAUAUGUCAAUAAGAUUUCGACGAGAGAUGGACAAAGGCCUGUGCAGAGACACCAACCCUACAGCUGCUGUCAAGAUGCUGCCCACAUAUGUGCGCUCCACUCCUGAUGGAACAGAGCAAGGUGAAUUCCUGGCCCUUGACCUUGGUGGAUCCAACUUCAGAGUGCUCCUGGUCAAAGUAAUGGCCGAUGGCAAGCAAAAGGUGGAGAUGGAAAAUCAAAUUUAUGCCAUUCCUGAACACCUCAUGAGAGGCAGCGGGUCUGAAUUAUUCGACCACAUAGCUGAUUGCCUGGCUAAUUUCCUGGAGAAGUUGGGCAUAAAGGAUAAAAAGCUUCCUCUGGGUUUCACCUUCUCUUUUCCGUGUCAACAGACCAAGUUGGAUGAGAGUGUUUUGGUGUCUUGGACCAAAGGCUUCAAGGCAAGUGGAGUAGAGGGAAAAGAUGUGGUCAGCCUUCUGAAGAAAUCAAUUAAAAAACGAGGGGAUUUUGACAUUGACAUUUUGGCUGUGAUCAAUGACACGGUGGGGACCAUGAUGACCUGUGGCUAUGAUGAUCAUCACUGUGAAAUUGGCCUCAUUGUGGGAACGGGGACCAAUGCCUGCUACAUGGAGCAGAUGAGGAACCUUGAGGUGCUGGACGGUGACGAGGGACGGAUGUGUGUCAAUACAGAGUGGGGUGCUUUUGGAGACGAUGGAGCGCUGGAAGACCUCCGCACUGACUUUGACCAGGAAAUAGACGCGGGCUCUCUGAACCCUGGCAAGCAGCUGUUUGAGAAGAUGAUCAGCGGCAUGUACAUGGGGGAACUGGUGCGUCUCAUCCUGGUGAGGAUGACCAAAGAGCGGCUGCUUUUCCAGGGCAAGACUACAGCAGAGCUCCUCACCACUGGAAGCUUCAACACAAGCUACAUCUAUGCCAUUGAUAAUGAAAAAGAUGAAGAAGGUCUGGCGAGCGCUGAAAAGGUGCUCCGAGGCCUGAGCUUGGAUCCGUCGGUUGAGGACUGCAUAGCCACUCAGAGGGUGUGUCAGAUAGUAUCUACACGGGCUGCACACUUGUGUGCCGCCACUCUAGUGGCAGUGCUGCGGCAGAUCCGGGAUAACAAGGCUGCUGAGAAGCUGCGUACCACUAUUGGCGUGGAUGGCUCUGUUUACAAGAAUCAUCAAGAGUUUUCCAGGAGGCUCCAUAAGAUGGUACGGCGACUUGUGCCGGACUGUGAUGUACGUUUUUUGCAGUCGCAGUGUGGCAGUGGGAAGGGUGCAGCCAUGGUAACAGCAGUAGCCUACCGUCUUGCCGCUCAACAAGCUGAGCGUCAACGCAUCCUGGACACCCUGCGUCUGAGCCGUGAACAACUGCUGGACGUAAAGAAGCGAAUGAGUGAGGAGAUGGUGCGAGGCCUGUCAAAGCAAACCCAUGAACAGACGAGCGUCAAGAUGCUUCCCACCUAUGUCAGAUCCACACCAGACGGGACAGAGCAUGGCGACUUUUUAGCUUUGGACCUUGGGGGCUCAAGCUUUCGGGUGCUGCUUGUGCAAGUACAAAGUGGAAAGAGACACAAAGUCGACAUGCACCACAAGAUCUACAGUAUCCCACAGGAGAUCAUGCAGGGCACAGGGGAAGAGCUUUUCGACCACAUUGUGUACUGCAUCGCCGACUUUCUGGAAUACAUGGGCAUGAAGGGAACAUCCUUACCUCUGGGAUUUACUUUCUCCUUUCCCUGUCAUCAGAGUAAACUGGACCAGGGCAUUCUUCUGAGGUGGACAAAGGGUUUUAAAGCCAGCGGCUGUGUGGGACAAGAUGUCAUUACAUUACUUAAAGCUGCUGUCCGCCGCAGACAGGAAUUUGACUUGAACUUUGUAGCUGUGGUUAAUGACACAGUAGGAACCAUGAUGACCUGCGGCUAUGAGGACCCCAAAUGUGAAGUGGGACUCAUUGUAGGCACAGGGACCAAUGCCUGCUAUAUGGAGGAAAUGCAGAACAUCGAACUGGUGGAGGGUGAUGAUGGGCGUAUGUGUGUCAACAUGGAGUGGGGAGCAUUUGGUGACAACGGUGAACUUGAUGACUUCUGCACCCAGUUUGAUCACAUUGUUGAUAAUUGCUCUAACAACCCUGGGAAACAGAGGUAUGAGAAGAUGGUAAGUGGCAUGUACCUGGGGGAGAUAGUGAGGAAUGUCCUAAUGGAUUUCACUGCUAAGGGCCUGCUGUUCAGAGGCAAACUGUCUGAGCGACUCAAGACUCGGGGCAUCUUCGAGACAAAGUUCCUGUCACAGAUUGAAAGAGACCGUCUGGCCAUGCGACAGGUCCGUUCAAUUCUGCAGCACUUGGGCCUCACCAGCUCCACGUGUGAUGACAGUGUACUGGUAAAGGAGGUCUGUAGUGUGGUGGCCCGCCGCGCAGCUCAGCUCUGUGGCGCUGGUUUAGCUGCUGUGGUCGACAAGAUACGGCAGAACCGCAACCUCAAUCAGUUGUCCAUCACCGUGGGAGUGGAUGGCACCCUUUAUAAGAUGCACCCACAUUUCUCCAGCAUCAUGCAGGAGACGUUGCAGGAUUUGGCACCGCAGUGUCGGGUAACUUUCCAAAAGUCAGAGGAUGGAAGUGGGAAGGGAGCAGCGCUGAUCACAGCUGUGGCCUGCAGAAUGAAGAGCGAAGGGCAGCACUGAAUCAUCAAAACACAGGUGGACAGGUAGAACCAGAGUUACUAUGACUGAUUUCCUCUACCAGGUCAUCAAAAAUAAAGUCCCGUACACUUUGACCUGAGUUUGGAUCUUGAGUAAUGAAAUGUUUAUUCAGAUUUAUUGUGUGCGUGUGUGUGGGUUCACAUGCACAUGUAUCAAUGUGAGUUCUUGGUUUGUGUUUUGAAUAGAGGUAUAUUUAUGAUGUGAGCUGACAUUGCGGAGGACGGUGGUAAAUUAACUUCAGACAUUACAUUUAGAGAAUUUGCACCUUCUGUGAAAUGUGACUGUUACAAUCUGUGCAGCUUAUUUACACUCCCUUUUUUGUGCACCUUCAAACCCCCACGUAUUUUCCCAGCUGACUAUUAUUUUUUUGUAAUGAUGCCUGUGAUCUGUGAGUUGUUUAGAAAAGUUUAUUUAUACACCACCUUUCAGGGUCAGACCUCACAAAGUGCCUCAGAUUAAACUUCAAAUCAAGAACGGAUGAAUGGAAGAAUAUUGGAUUUUAUCACAGGGAAUGGUUUCACAUUAAUUUGAAGCUCAAACAACAAAAACAAAACUUACUGGGUCUACUGUAUAAACCCUAUGCCUAGUCCACCAUUAUCUCCUAUAAUACUGUAUGGUCUAAUAACUGCAACAAACUUAUUCUGAUGCAGUAUAAAAGUAAGAUGUACCAUUGUAAAACACUCAAUAAACAAUUGGGGGUAAAUUCAGAGAGUUUGAGAAAACACAACAACCCUAAAUUUGUUACUGGAGGGGAAGUUCAUCAAACCACAGUGGUCAGAAACUGAAAGGCAAGGAACAGUAGCACUCCUGGGGCUGGGAGGUUGAGAGACGUUUUACGGGGGGUAAAAGGAAGGUUUAAUUCAAGUCCUUUUUAGAGUUGUUUUAUUUAUUUGUGUAUUUCAUUUGGAUGGCACAUUGUACAAAGACAGAAAAUGACAAUCCAUAAUAUCCAGUAGAUCUGCCAGUGUCUGUACAGGUCUGUCAGUCGGUCAGUCUUACUGAAGAGCAGUUUCGAAAAUCUGUUGUUUUCUCUGAACUAUAAUAUGAAAUGUUUUGUUAAAACUAUAAACGCCAACAAUGAGUGGUACAACCACUACAAUCAAUCUUUGUUUAUGGAACAAAUGUUUUUGGAGUUGUGCACACCAUAAAUAUGCCAUUAAUGUAUCCAAUGGCAGAAUGUUUUUACCCCACUGAUUAUCAUACCAUGUCUGAUUACUUUGAUAUGACUACCUGUUCUUUAAAUCCAAGCAAUGCUUUUUGCUCCUUAAAAAAACAACAUAUCCUAUAUUUAUAAAAAAGAUUCUUCAGCCAAAAGUUGCUGAUUUUUCCUAUAGAUAUGAUUUGCUUCUUCACUGUCUGAUCAUUAGUACCCUACAGUGCUGCUGUAAUCAAUGAUGUCCUUAAACAAGACUGGCACAAUAAAAUUGGCCUUGAAUUGCUA